AUGGCAGUCAACGUUUACUUUACAUCUUCGACCAGCGACAACUUGAGCCGCCAUGACAUGUUGGCCUGGGUCAACGAUUCUCUUCAGCUGAACUACACCAAGAUCGAGCAGCUGUGCUCGGGGGUAGCCUACUGCCAGUUCAUGGACAUGUUGUUCCCCGGUUCCAUCAUCCUGAAGAAAGUCAAGUUCCUGGCCAGGCUGGAGCACGAGUACAUCCAGAACUUCAAACUGCUGCAGGCGGCCUUCAAGAAGAUGGAGGUGGACAAGAUCAUCGCAGUGGACAAGCUGAUGAAGGGCAAGUUCCAGGACAAUUUCGAGUUCCUGCAGUGGUUCCGCCGCUUCUUCGACGCCAACUACGACGGGAAACCGUACGACCCGGUAGCCGCCCGCCAGGGCCAGGAGACCGGCCCGGCCCCCGGCGCCUCGGGCCUAGUCUUCAACAAGCCCAAAAAGACGCUGAGCACCCUGAGUGCCGCCUCUGGCCCGGACAGGAAGGACAAAGCCGUGCGGUCCUCAUCGUCAGGGACCUCGCUGCUUCGCUCCAAGGCCUCCUCCCACCUGAAGUCGGGCGGCGUGGCGGUGCCGGCGACGCCGGUCCCGUCUCCCGCCAAAAGCGCCGCCGCCGCCGCUCCGGACAAGAGCAACAACAACAACAUGGCGGGUAACGGCGACGCUCAUGUGGCCGAGCUGGCCGAGCAAGUGAGGGCCUUGAAGAGCGACCUGCUGGAGCUGGAGAAAGAACGGGACUUCUACUUCGGGAAGCUGAGGAACAUCGAGAUGAUCUGCCAGGAGAACCAGCAGGAAGAUAACGGGCUGGUCCAGCUGGUGGAGAAGGUGCUCUACUCCGUUGAAGACGGGUUCAACCCGCGGGAGGCCGCCAUUGAGCAGCCUGAGGAGCCAGAGGAAUAUUAACAGGGUGAGCCCAUGACCCUCCACAGCUUAUUGCAAAUCUGUGCUUAGAGAGUGGAGACCCCCCUCGUUUGCCGCAAAGUUUU